CACUCGACCCCUACCUCUAACACUACAUACAACUCGCAAAGCUGCAGCAUGUCUCUUGAACAAGUAUCCGCGAACAAGGCCUUUGACGGUCAACUCAUCAAAUACAAGUUCAAGUCGGACGCGCUCGGCGGGCUCGUCGCGAACUUCAACCUCUUCCUCCCCGGGAACGCGUCCGAGGGGAACAAGGUCCCGCUCCUGACGUACCUCUCCGGGCUCACCUGCACCGAGGACAACGCGGCGCAGAAGGGCCACUUCCUCGGGCCCGCCGCGAAGGAAGGCAUCGCAAUCCUCUUCCCGGACACCUCCCCGCGCGGAGCCGGCGUCGAGGGCGAGACGGACAGCUGGGACUUUGGCGUCGGCGCGGGCUUCUACCUGAACGCGACGAACCCGAAGUGGGCGAAGCACUACAACAUGCUCACGCACAUCACCGUCGAGCUCCCGCAGGUCAUCGAGGCCGCCGGGAUCCCUGUCGACUUCAAGCGGCAGUCGAUCUUCGGACACUCGAUGGGCGGACACGGCGCGCUCACGUUCUACCUGAACUCGGUGCUCGCGGGCGAGAAGCGGUACCGGUCCGUGUCCGCGUUCGCGCCGAUCUCGAACCCGGUCAACUGCGCGUGGGGCCAGAAGGCGUUUGGAGGGUACCUCCAGGGCGGCGUCGAGGAGGCGCGCGCAAAGUACGACGCGACGGAGCUCGUGGGCAAGCUCGGGAAGGAGCCCGUGCACAUCCUCGUUGACUAUGGCACCGGGGACAACUUUUACAAGCAGGGCCAGCUGUUGCCGGAGAACUUCCUCAAGGCUGCGCGCGAUGCGGGCUACGACGAGGUGCAGGUGCGCGUGCGGGCGCAGGAAGGCUAUGACCACAGCUACUUCUUCAUCUCGACUUUCGGGGAAGACCAUGUUCACUUCCACGCAAACUUCCUGAAGGCAUGAACGAGGGGCAGAUAGGGAGAAGUUUCUAUGAUGUAUCAUUCACAAAUUGUAUCGAUGUAUGCUUGCUUGGAGUUACAAUGGUGUAUCAUGCG